UCCUCCGAUCCUGUAUGUCACUGCAAGCCGUCGCAGGUCCCCGAGGAAUCUGAAAAUGGAUAUUUCCUAUAUAGCAACAUUAUUUUUGAUACUUUUAAUAACAAUUUUAUUCCUUUGCAAUGUUUUGGGCGGCUGGACAAAUUUCCCUCCUGGACCCAGACCUCUGCCGCUGAUCGGAAACCUACAUAUUCUUAAUAUGAAGAAGCCGUAUCUCACAUUGAUGGAGCUGUCUAAGAAAUAUGGUUCCAUAUUCACCAUACAGAUGGGCACCAAGAAAAUGGUUGUUUUAGUUGGUUAUGAGACGGUAAAAGAUGCCCUGGUGAACAAUGCUGAAGAAUUUGGAGAGCGGGCAUCGAUGCCAAUAUUUCAUAAAAUGGAUAAAGGAACAGGUGUCGUCAUGUCCCGCGGAGAAAACUGGAAAGUCAUGAGACGAUUCACCAUUACAACCUUACGUGACUUCGGAAUGGGAAAGAGCAGCAUUGAGGAGAAAAUCAUAGAAGAAUGUGACAAUUUGGUUAAGCAGUUUCUAUCAUUCAACGGAAAACCAUUCGAUAACGCGGUGACAGUCAACUCCGCCAUUGCCAACAUAAUCGUGUCGAUAGUUCUCGGCCAUCGAAUGGGUUAUGAAGAUCCAACAUUCUUGAGGCUCUUGAGUUUGAUCAAUGAGAAUAUUCGGCUCGUGGCAUCUCCUAUGGUUUCGAUUUAUAAUUUGUGGCCUAGUUUCUUCGGAUUGCUUCCUGGAAGUCACAAAACCGUUCAAAAAAACUUGGCUGAACUAAACCUCUUCAUAACAAAGACGUUUGUCGGCCACCUGAAGAAUUUAGACGUUAACGAUCAGAGGAGUUUCAUCGAUGUGUUUCUUGUGAAGCAAAAAGAGGAGCAGAAUAAUCCCAACACAUAUUUCCAUAACCAAAACCUGAUUAGUCUUGUAAGAAACCUGUUUGCAGCUGGAAUGGAAACAACUUCUACAACCAUCCGCUGGGGUCUUCUUCUCAUGGUGAAAUACCCAGAAAUUCAAGAAAAAGUCCAAGAGGAGAUCUCCAGGGUGAUAGGUUCAGCAACACCUAGAUAUGAUCACCGUUCCAAAAUGCCCCUUACCAACGCGGCUAUCCACGAAAUACAGAGAUUUGCAAACAUCGUACCCAUGAAUUUGCCACACGAGACGUCUAAAGAUGUAAACUUCAAGGGAUAUUUCAUUCCUAAAGGAACUUAUAUUAUUCCAUUGUUAUACUCGGUUCUUCGUGACGAGACUCAGUUUCCAGAGCCGGAAAAGUUUAAUCCGUAUCGUUUUCUCGACUCAAAGGGGAAUUUUGUGAAGAACGAUGCCUUCAUGCCUUUUUCUGCAGGGCGCAGAGUUUGUGCCGGGGAAAAUCUAGCAAGAAUGGAGCUUUUCCUCUUUUUAACCAGUCUUCUGCAAAAAUUUACUUUCCGUCUACCACCUGGUGUGACUGAAGUGGAUCUCACCCCUGCUGUCGGAGUUACAACGCCCCCACUACCCCACAAGCUAUGCGCAAUACCAAGACUUUUUUUGCCUUUAAACCACAGAUUAACACAACACAUACCCUCUUUGAAAGAAACAAUGGAAUUGACUUUCCAUGGAGCAACGUUUGUUGUCCUAGGUUUGACGUUACUAUAUAUUUUUAAUAUUCUGAGCAAAUGGAAUUCAAGAAAAUUGAAGAAUUUUCCCCCUGGCCCCAGAUGUCUGCCGUUAAUUGGAAAUUUGCAUUGCAUAGAUCUGAAAAAACCUCACCUGACUUAUUUAAAGCUAUCCAAAACCUAUGGCCCCGUGUUCAGCGUUCAGAUGGGCAUGAAAAAAAUGGUGGUCCUGGCUGGAUACGAAACCGUAAAAGAUGCUCUGGUGAACCAUGCUGAAGAGUUCGGGGAAAGGUGGCUUUUGCCGAUAUUUAAAAAGAUGGACAAAGGGUUGGGUCUUACUCAUUCACAAGGAGAAAACUGGAAGGUAAUGAGAAGGUUCACUAUCACAACCUUACGUGACUUUGGAAUGGGGAAGAGUGGCAUAGAGGAGAAAAUCAAUGAGGAAGGUGGCCACUUGCUGAGACAUUUUGAAUCAUUAAAAGGUAAACCCUUUGAGUGCACUAUGAUACUGAAUGCCGCAGUUGCCAAUAUUAUAGUUGCCAUCCUACUUGGACAGCGCAUGGAUUACGAGGACCAAACAUUUACAAACCUCUUAAGUCUGGUCAAUGAGAACGUGAGACUUCUGGGAGCUCCGUCAGUUUCGAUAUAUAAUGUAUUCCCGUAUUUCGGAUUUCUUCCUGGAAGUCAUCAAACUAUUAUGAAAAAUGUGAAAGAACUUUGUGCCUUCAUUAAAAGCAAAUUUGUCCAGCAUCUAAAUAAUUUAGAUGCAGACGACCAGAGGAGUUUCAUUGAUACAUUCCUGGUUCGACAAAUCCAGGGUACAGAGGUCUCAAAAACUUAUUUCCAUGAAGAAAACUUACUCUUUCUUGUAAGAAAUUUGUUUUCUGCUGGAAUGGAAACAACAUCAACCACCCUCCGCUGGGGUCUACUUCUUAUGAUUAAAUAUCCAGAAAUCCAAGAAAAGGUCCAGAAGGAAAUUUCACAAGUAGUAGGACUAGCGCAGCCUAAUUGCAAUCACCGUGGACUAUUGCCAUAUACUAAUGCAGUCAUACAUGAAAUACAGAGAUUCGCAGAUAUUGUUCCGCUGAAUUUGCCCCAUGAAACUACGAAAGAUGUCACUUUUAAGGGAUAUUUUAUUCCAAAAGGAACAUGUAUAAUUCCAUUGCUCUCAUCCGUCCUGCGAGACAAGACACAAUUUGAUUAUCCAGAUGAAUUUAACCCAAAUAAUUUUCUAGAUGCAAAAGGAAAUUUCUUAAAAAAGGAUGCUUUUAUGCCAUUUUCAGCAGGUCGCAGGGUUUGUGCUGGAGAGAACCUGGCAAAAAUGGAGCUCUUUAUCUUUUUUACUAGCCUACUCCAGAAGUUCACAUUUUGUCUUCCUCCUGGGGUUGCAGAGGUCGACCUGACCUUGGGAAUUGGAUUCACUAAUACACCACCACUGCAAAUGAUCUGCGCUAAGCCACGUUUCUCGAAUUAACCUUCCCGGUAUGUACCGGAGGCUCCGGAAAUCACAGCCGAUCUGAAUCAUGGGCAAGGUCCAUCUUCCUAAGUCACCCUAUCCCCUCCCAUAUGGAUGGGGAGGACAUGGAGCUCCAAAGUCGCAGUGCUGGAAAUUUCCUAGCUGUGCUUAUACAUCCCGUAUAUAAUCAUUGGCUGUUAACACAGUAGAAAUAAUUGGGAUAAUUUAACUUUUUCUUCUAAUGCACUCAACAUUAUAUUGGUUUCCAUAUUUGUGUUUAAAUUGCAUCCCAAGUAGGCCAACAUAUGUCGAUUAGACUUUGCUCUCUUUAAUAAAGCUGAAUAGCCCAUGCUAAUUUAAUGGAA